AUGAAUUCCGAACCAUACAAUUCACAGUCAAACUCAGAGGGAGGUGCGUCUCUAACUAUUGAGAGAAUUGCAAAAAUGCUUGAGGGUCAACCCGAGCCCGAACCCCCUACCAGUAAAUGGUUCGAAGAUUCGCAUUCAGGUGACAUCAAUAAUGAAAAUAAUCGCAGAGGCCUGACAGCUCGUUUCACACAUCAAACACCUCCAUAUAGAGGUGGAAACUUAGACCGUGGCCGUGGCCGUGGUCGUGGCAGUCCUUGGCAACAGCGAAAUUUCAACUUCCAAAGUGGAAAUAUCUACAUACCAACAAACCAAUUUGGUCUGCAAGUAAUCGUAUUUGGCCCAAAUAAUGUGCCACCACCACAACCUGGAUUUCCACAAGGCUAUUGGAACCGAAACACACCUUCUCAACAAUCGAAUCCACUCAAACGUGGAAGUGAGUCUCAGGACCCUUAUCCAGAUCGAAAAAAUAUUAAUCGAUCAGGCUCACCAAAACGCAAUCACCUCGGAGCCAAUAUGUAUGCACCACAUGCCCAGCAAUCGCAGCCAAGCACAUCUAUAUUCGCCAACUUUAAGCCUGGCAAUCCCAAUCCUGGAUCACAGCAAAGGCCUCCAAUAAAACAGGAAUCUACAUUUGGUGGCUUCAAUCGCUUUACGGGUAGUGCUCACUUGGGUUCACCACAAUUUAAUCAAUCACAGCCCGAACUUCUAUCGAAGCAGGAAUCUAUAUUUGGUAGCCCUAGUCGCUCUAUUACACAACAGCCAAAUGCAACUCUACAUAGCAAUACUUCUACAUUUUAUAACUUCAAACCUGCUGUCUCUAGACAACCGCCCAAGGUAUUGCCUAAAGAGGAAUCGAUAUUCGGUGGUUAUGAUCGUUUUGCGGGUAAUGCUCACUUGGGUUCACUACAACCUCAUCAAUCACAACCAAGAUUACCAAUAAAACAGGAAUCCAAGUUUGAUGGCGCCAAUGGCUGCAUUGUACAGCAGCCAAAUGUACUUCUGAACGCAGUAACUACUACAUUUGGUGAUUUCAAACCUCGUCCUCCGCUAAAUGCAUUGACUCAACCUUUACAAGAAGAGUCUGUGUUUGGUGGAUUUUCCAGAGCCACAAACAAUGGGAUAUCUCAGACAGAUUCACGGAGCGUAGUAAAUCAGUUGUCAGACACUUAUCGCCAACCACGUAUGAGCCAUUCUGGAGCACCACACCAGCCUGAACGAGCACUUGAUAACAUGAUCAAAAACGAGGAGGAAGAAGAGCCUUCUCAACCUUCUACCUCAAUCCCGAGGCCACCUAAGCCUGUCGUCAUCGUUACCGGAAACCUUCUUGGUGAUCCAAGUUCGCCAAAGGGUUUGAAAGAUCGUGCUAAAACAGAAGCAAUUUGCGAGAAAGCUGAGGGUCCCUUACCCCCAACCAUUCAGCCGAAGAUAUUGCCUAAUGGUAGAAAAGCUGGUGUUUUUAUCGAUCAAGAAAAGAAAUUCCGGACCACUGGAGAGUAUCAAUACUUCGAUCCGGGUUGCUUCAACUGCGGCGGUAGUGAUCAUGACGGCUCGAUGUGUAAGGAGGGCUGCUAUCGAUGUGGGAAGGACCAUCCGCUUCCACAGUGUCCAUACAACAUGUGA